CAAUAUCCAUUACCAAAAGGAUGGGCUAUAAAGGGAAAACAAAAAUUCGGAAAAAAAGGAGGUGCACAUAUUUCAAAAGAAGUUGCAGAUCUAUUAAAAAGUUAUUUUCACGCUGGAAAUGCCAAUUCUAGUCAAUGUUAUCAACCAGAGGAUAUGCUUUGUGCAUUAAACAAAAAGGCUGAUAAUAAUGAACUAGAUCAUACACAAAUACCUAAGCUAGAAACUAUACGCAAUUGGAUAUCCAGAUAUUCAAUUGCUAUAAAAAAAGAAAUAGCAGAAAAAAUGCUUACUAGCCUUAAUAAUAACUCUGAAAAAUAA